AUGGAAGCCGCCAAAAAAAUGUUACAGGUUAGCAAUGCCGUAAUUCCAGAGUUCAAAAUUAAUGACUGCAUCACAAUUUCUGUUCCAAAAGUCGACAGAGGGCCAUCGGAUCCUGCUCGCGUGAUUGCUGUCAUUAUUGAAGAAAAAAAUGAAAUGUACAAAGUAGGAACUACACACGGGUUAAUUAAAGGAUGGUUCAAUUCUGGAAAUAUGCAGCAUGCCACUGCAAAUUUUAUUUUAGCUGAACAGGUUAACAAACAAAAAGAAUUAACCUUGCGUGAAACUGUCCAGGUCGUAUCUGGAGGUCAGGGAUUCCUAAGUUGUUCAUGUAAAAGUUCUUGUCAAACCAAAAGAUGUGUUUGUUUUAAAGCUAGUAUAAAAUGCAACAGUCGUUGUCACAAUUCAUUUACCUGUUCUAAUAAAUAA